UGCUCUGCGCUCCGGAGGUCAGUGGCUUGAGUCUAAUACAUAAGAGUACCAUGUUGAAGAUGAGCGGGUGGCAGCGACAGAGCCAAAAUAAGAGCCGGAACCCGAGGAGAGAGUGUUCCAGAAGAAAGUGUAUCUUCAUACAUCACCACACCUGAAAGCAGAACCUGGUCCAGUUGCAGAAAUGGCAGCUGAGUCACUGCCUUUCACCUUUGAGACAGUGUCCAGCUGGGAACUGGAAGCCUGGUAUGAGGACCUGCAGGAGGUCCUGUCCUCAGAUGAAAAUGGGGGUACCUAUAUCUCACCCCAUGGAAAUGAAGAGGAAGAAUCAAAAACCUUCACUACUCUUGACCCCUCAUCUCUAGCUUGGCUGACUGAGGAGCCAGGGCCAGCAGAAGUCACAAGCACCUCCCAAAGCCCUCGCUCUCCAGAUUCCAGUCAGAGUUCUAUGGCUCAGGAGGAAGAGGAAGAAGAUCAAGGAAGAACCAGGAAACGGAAACAGAGUGGCCAAUGCUCAGCCCGGGCUGGAAAGCAACGCAUGAAGGAGAAAGAACAGGAGAGUGAAAGGAAAGUGGCACAGCUAGUGGAAGAGAACAAACGGCUCAAGGAGGAAAUCGAGCACCUGACCAGGGAAGUAGAGGCUACGCGCCGAGCUCUGAUCGACCGAAUGGUAAAUCUGCACCAAGCAUGAACAAACUUGGGCCACCUCCACCACCAUCACACCAGUGAUGUUCAGUAGUAGGGAGAAGACUUGGGGUGGACCAAAGGAAAGGGUCUCAGUAUAUAUAUACACAUUGUACAUUCUUUAUUACUGUCCAUAUCCAGUAAAGUUGACUUUCUAUGAACAAGUUUGCUCACUUUUU